AUGAAACUCACCUUCAAACCCCCUCAUGUGCGUAACAUGGUCAUGACAAAUGAACAGGGCCAUGUUCUAUACUCCACUUCGACCUCCUUCUCAUUCGAUACUCGUGUGACAGUCGUCAAGAAGCACGUCCCAAACGAAUUCAAUAUUGGCAAAGUGGAAUCGUCAGAAAUCCUCGCAGAGAUCGAGUGGCACACAUUUGCUUCAUCUGUCAUCAAGUAUAACGGGAUGAAUUUAGUCACGUCUCAGUUCAUUCCCACUAAGGGGAUUCUUGGACGGCGGCGUGUUUUUCGAGGUCCUGACGGACUGUUAUACAAGUGGAAGAUCGGCCCACGCGAAUGCAUCCUCAUGCUCGGCGACACGGAAGUGGCACGGCAUCACCCAGUGGAUAUCGGUUUCAACAGGCCAGGACAUGAAGCAUACCUAGAGGUCUUUUCGCCAGUCGAACAUAUGGUGGAUCUGGUAGUGCUGACCUUCAUAUAUGUGGAGAAGCUGCGACGGGGAACUCAGGAGAGCCCAGGAACGGAUCGCAUGCACGCACCAAUUGAGCCGGCAAAUUAG